AUGAGGUUGCUGGUUGAUGGAUCUGCAGCUGGCCCGGAGAUGACAGACAGCGUCAGGGCUUUCCUCCGCUAUGUUGCGACGGGGAUCAAGGACUCCAUUCUGGGGAUUGGCACCAUCUCCAAGCUGGAUUCCCGAAUUCAGCAGAAAAGAGAAGAGCAGCGGAGGAGAAGGGCCAGUGGGGCAUUGGCACAACGGCGGGCUCAGAGUGAAGAGCGGAAACCUGAAAAUGAACCAAAAGUGGCUAGCAGAAUCUUACAGUGUUGUGCCUGGAACGGGGGAGUGUUCUGGCUCAGUCUGUUUCUCUUCUAUCGGGUGUUCAUCCCACUGCUGCAAACACUCACUGCAAAAAUCAUCGGAGACCCGUCCCUCCAUGGCAGUGUGUGGUCCUGGUUGGAGUUCACCCUCACGUCGGUAUUCAGUGCUCUUUGGGUCCUCCCCCUGUUUGUCCUCAGCAAGAUCGUCAAUGCCAUUUGGUUCCAGGAUAUAGCUGAUCUGGCCUUCGAGGUGUCUGGCUGUAAAGCUCAGCCUUUUCCCAGUGCACUGUUUCUUAUUCAGGGUAUGAUCGUUAGUCUCUUUCCCAUUGAUGCCAUUGGACAAGUAGUCAGUCUGCUGCACAUGUCUCUGCUGUACUCCCUCUACUGCUUUGAGUAUCGCUGGUUCAAUCACGGAGUUGAAAUGCAUCAGCGUCUUUCCAAUAUUGAAAGAAACUGGCCUUACUACUUUGGUUUUGGUUUGCCCAUGGCUCUGCUGACGGCGCUCCCCUCUUCGUACAUUAUAAGUGGCUGCUUGUUCUCCAUUCUGUUCCCCUUGUUCAUCAUCAGCGCAAAUGAAGCCAAGACUCCAACACAACUAUACCACUUCCAGCUGCGUCUCUUCUCCCUUGUUGUGUUGAUCAGCAACAAGCUCUUUCACAAAACGGUUCAUCUGCAAUCGUCCAUGACAUCGUCUGCCUCCUCAGAACGACUGACGCCCCACACAUCCCCGUCCCGCCCCCGCCUCCUGCCCCCCCAGUGA